CACGGGAUAAAAAGCCGCGGUUGCGGGAGGAGCCAGGAGUCCCCACCCUCGGGCUAUACGGAGGUGGAACAAGAACCCAAGAACCUGAGAACCGGGACACAGCGCGGCAGCGGCGGCAGCAGUGGCCCCAGUCCCAGCUCUCCAGCGACAUGGACCCUCACAUGAUACUGCCCCGGGCGCUCCUGCUCCUCCUUUUCUUGCACCUGUCACCACUGGGCUGUCGUUCCCACCCCCUGAGCAGCCCCAUCUCAGCCUCGGAACUGUCUGGGGUACAGGAGCUGCUGGACCUCCUGCAGGACAAGGUCUCGAAGAUGCAAGCGGAGAGGAUGGUCCGGGAGUCCCUCGAGCGCAGCCGCAGCCUUGCGGAACCCAGGGAAGGCCAAGAGGCAGGCCCCGCCAGCGUCCUUGGGUCUCGCGAAGGCGUGCUCCAGGCUCUGCGAGGUCUCCGCAGCCCCAAGAUGAUGCGCAACUCCAGCUGCUUCGGGCGUAGACUGGACCGAAUCGGUUCUCUCAGCGGCCUGGGCUGCAACGUUUCUCCUAAAUGUCUAGAGCCUCAAAGACAGCAUCACCGGGGCAAUGAUAAUGCCCAGUUUACAGAUGAGAAAACCGAGGCCCAGGGAGAUGGACGAUCCCAAAGGUUCAAACAUCAAGACUGGCUCCAGACUGGGGAGUGUUACCUGCAGGUGCUGAGGAGGCAUUAG